CUCCAGACACAAGACAUGUCCUGCUACGACCAGUGCCUGCCACGCCUGCCAUGCCAGCCCUGUGGCCCAACCCCGCUGGCCAACAGCUGCAACGAGCCCUGUGUCAGGCAGUGCCAGGACUCCAACGUCUUCAUCCAGCCCUCUCCCGUGGUGGUGACCCUGCCCGGACCCAUCCUCAGCUCCUUCCCGCAGAACACCGCCGUGGGAUCCUCCACCUCCGCUGCCGUUGGCAGCAUCCUCAGCUCUGAGGGUGUGCCCAUCUCCUCUGGAGGCUUUGGCCUCUCCGGCUUCGGCAGCCGCUACAGUGGCAGGAGGUGCCUCCCCUGCUAG